AUGAAAAGCGAUGCUGACACUUUGUUCACGGCGGCGGACAGCCUAGCUGUCUUCGGCUACGGAGAAGAUAUGCAGCAACACGGCUUGGAGACUCUUCAGUUGCCGUCGCUCCGGUGGCAGGUCCAGGGGCACCGACAUGUGAUCAUGAUGCCGUUGGAGGCGGUGGUGAGCUACUUGAAGAGUUGCCGCAAGGGUGAACGAGUGCAUCACAAAGAUGUGGUACAGUUUGUCAGCACGGCCCAACCGAGCUCCCUGGCAUCCUUCCUUUCGUUCCACCCCGAUGCUCUUUGUCAUGCGCUGUUGGGCCAAAAUUCUGUAGCUUAUCUGCCACCUGGGUGGAUCCUGGCAGAGAAGGUCGUCAACGCCAAGUGUGUUUAUGGAGUGCGAAUGCUGUGGAUUCCGAAACUGGCCUCGGAUCGCAAUCUUGAGGCUGCUGCCGAUUGGGUUGGUGAUGCGGCUGAGGGCGCCAAUGCUUCCAAGGGCCUCGCAGCAGUUUAUAGGCAGUGGCAGCAAACUGUUGACCGCGAGAAGAAAGCCGCAGAGGCAGCCCGACUCCAGCUCGAACAGGAUGCCGCCGUCCAGAAUGCCGAGACCCAGCAGGAUGCCGAACACAUCCAGAAGAAAGCCGAGGAGGAUGCCAGGGGCCCCGCCAAGAACCAGAACAUAUCCGAGAAGGACCACAAGGCCUCCGACUCCGAGAACCGCCCCGAAGACCCCGCGAAGGCUGCUGCUGCUGAAGCGGUGACCGGGACCGUGCAGAACAAGUCGGAAGUCAGCUGGUGCUUAGAGUGGGCGGAGCGCCAUCUGGAUGCCUUGCAGGGCGAUGCUUGGACCACGCUGCGACAAAACCUGGAAGCUGGUGUGCACAUGAUCACACGCUUUUCUGGCAUGGACGCUCCCAGUGUGGCGGCCAAGAAGAUCGAGGAUGCAGUCCAGAAGCGAGGCCUGAGCCUUCGCAAGCAGGAGGGUCAGGGCAUAGUGUUAUGCUCGGCCGCUGAUAAGGCCUCUGCUCCACGAGCUUGUUUGCACCACCUUGCUGAGAAUGUCGAUUGGGCUGCCCACGGUCCCUCGCACAUCUUUGGUGACUUGGAGGAGUCGGUGACGCCGCAAUGCUUGGCAGAGUUGCGGAAGAUUGCGCAGCAAAGUGGCCAGCUUCAGGCAGAUGAGGGGAAGAACUUCAUCCGUCAGCUCCUGAAGCCGCUCCUGGAAGAUGGUGGCUUGAAGGAUUCGGCCCCAUGUGCACUUCACCCCGGCCAAGAAUGCCCGUUGAAUCCUGACAUCGUUCAUGGUGCUCUACGAAUACACGUUGCAGGCUCUCCGUGCAUUGACUUUUCCCGCCGAGGGAAACGGCAAGGAGCAGCUGGACCGACAGCCGUGGUUGUCGCUAUUUGGAUGGCACACUUCCUUCGCAGCAAUGUCCCGAUUUUGAUCCACGAGAAUACGCCUGACUUCCCAGACGUGCUUCUACUGGACCCACUCCAUUAUUUUGGAAGUCGGCGAUGGAAGAUGGUUGUUUUCAAUCUGUGUCCGACGAUGUUCAAUAUCCCUGCAAAACGGCAGCGACGCUACUCCGUGGUUUGGGAUGCUGGCCGAAUUAGUUUUGGAGGCAGUUACAAAGAGUUUGUGGACUUGUGGGUUCAGGAGUGUGACAAGAAGGGCGGCAUCUUCUUUCGUGCCGGACAAGCCUUUUCAGGUGAGGAAUCAAAAACGAAGCAUCAAAGCCUGGCCAAAUACAACGACAUUCGCGUGGACAAGAUGCUUCAAAACCCGAGGAAUGAAGCCUGGGCUAUCGGAGACUUAUCCCAGCGGCCACCAUGGGGAUCCCUGGAAAUGUUUCUGCCGACCUUGACUACGGGUUCCCAGAUCUAUCACUUGGGCAAGCAGAAGUAUUUGACUGCUUCGGAGGCCUUGGAAUCUCUGGGCUUCGAUGCCGAAACGCCGGCAGCUCGUAUGCUCAAGGAUGGCAGCCUAUCAGAGGCUCAAGUUCGAUCGUUGGCUGGGAAUACAAUGGCUCUCAGCUCCGUGGGAACGGUUUUGCUAUAUGUGCUCAGCCGUGCCAAACAUGUAGCUCCAGAUACUUGCUUCUCGCAGCCGUCCUCCUCACGGCAGUUUUGA